CUACAGGACUGUACUCAGGGCUUAUGGCGGAAUCUGCAGGUGGAAAGUUCUCGUUCAGCGAGUUGAAAGGAAAAAAGUGUUCAACGCUGGAAAGUAAAGAUACUCAAGAUUUGUUAAUGAAAUGGGACUUAAAAGGAAAAAUAAAAACACAGUACUAUAGUUAUGAUAAACAUUUCCAGUCGUAUCAAAAAGAUGACUUUUUCUUGGAUUUCUUUCAAGAUCCUACAGUGAUCUCCACAUUACAAGUUGUAUCAAGUUCAGGAUCAUGGGCACCGCUGGGCAUGGCUGCAGAAAAAGUCUCUGUACAGAGUAUUCGUUGCAGUAUUUUGUCCAUGACGUUUUUUGACAGACUUCACUCAGAAGGAAUUUUAAGAGAGAAUGAUCAGAUACAUAAAUGUUUUGAUGAAUAUUGUGAAGGUUUUCAGAUAUCUGAUGAAUUAAGAAAGAUGUUGCUGAUGGAGGACUCGGAUAAUUACGAAGCUUACAGUGAUGAAGAAAGAGAGGAGUUUUUGUUUCAUCUUUUCAAGCAUAUAUGCUUGGGUGGUCCAGUUUGUCAGUUUGAAGAUAAUGCACAGCCGUAUUUAGACACAACAAAGUCACUUUACAAAGAUCUGAUCAGUGUCCAAAAAGAUCCAGAGUCCAAAGAAUUGAAAAUCAUCUCACAAGUGUUUUUAGUGAAAGCUAUGGACAAAGACAAUUUUUGCAUAUAUCCAGAUGAUAAGGAACACGAACAGACUUUCUGCUAUGUUAUCAUCGACCCAAUUAAAAGACAACUGACUGUGUGUUAUCAUAGAUGGGGUUCUUCUAUUUGGUAGUCUAAAUCCUAGUCAAAUAGACAUGGUUCAGCUGGGCAGUGUUUGUUGUUUACUCCAUCUUUGAAGAUUUGGAAGAUUACAGC